AUGGAGAUGGAGGAGGAAGCGUUCUUUGACUCGCGAGAGGAGCUCACGGCGUCGCCGUGGUCGGGAAGCCUCGACAGUGUGUGCCAGAGGAGGGAGCGGUUCGUGAGAAGCAUGGGCCUAGAGUGCUGCCCGGCUCCCCUGCAGGCCGAUGCUGUGGCCACUGUGGGCGAUGUCGAGAAGGAGGAGGAGGCUGUGCCGGAAUUUGGGAGAUUGUGGUCGCAGUCGGAUGAGAAUGACUGCUCCAUGUCGAGUUGGUCCACGGAGGAGACGGGGAGCUCAGUGGAUGGUGUCUCGGAUGACAAUUCUGUCAGUGGAUCCAGCCGGGAUGAUGCUAGUAGCAAGGUGGGCAGGAGUUUCAGUUCACUGUCCUUCAUCCAGAGGCUCAUGAGCCGCAGUGGUAAGAUUUCUGGUGUUCCCAAGUCGAUCGAGAGGAGGAGAAACGGAUGGCUUCGGAGGCUGGGCUCGAGGGCUGGUAUCCUCGAUCAUGGAGGCGAUGAAGCUAGCACCAGCUCCUCAGAGAGUGAGCAAAACAGGGGUGGAAGGUAUGAAAGGGUCAAGGUCCGUUGCUACAGGAAGCGGUCGAAAGAAUUGUCAGCAGUUUUUCAAGGCCAAGUCAUCAAGGGCCAUUUUGGGGCCAUCCUGACUAUGAAGUUUAGUCCGGAUGGGCAGUUUCUUGCAAGUGGAGGCGAAGAUGGAGUUGUCAGGGCCUGGGGUGUCACGCAGUCUGAGGACUGCAAAAUUCCCAUGGAUGAUCCUUCAUGUGUUUACCUCAAAGCUCAUCGCCAGAGUGGCUUGGCUCCUGUUGAUUCUGACAAUGAGAAGAAGUGCAAAGUCAAGGGCGUGAAGCAAUCUGCAGAUUCUGCUUGUGUUGUGAUUCCAACAAUGGUGUUCCAGAUCUCAGAGGAACCAUUGCAUGAGUUCCGUGGUCACUCUGGUGAUGUACUGAAUCUGUCAUGGUCUAACAACAAGCGUCUACUGUCAGCAUCAACAGACAAAACUGUUCGCUUGUGGGAAAUUGGAUCUGCAAACUGCAUCACUGUUUUUCCACACAGCAACUUUGUGACUUGUGUCCAGUUCAAUCCAGCCAAUGAGAAUCGAUUCAUCAGUGGAUCAAUAGAUGGCAAAAUCCGUGUAUGGGAUAUUCCCAGAUGCAGUGUCAUUGAUUGGGUGGAUAUUAGAGACAUAAUAACAGCGGUUUGCUAUCGACCUGAUGGAAAGGGAGCAGUGGUUGGAACCAUUACCGGAAAUUGUCGAUUUUAUGACGCAUCAGAUAAUCUGCUGAGGUUCGAGACACAAAUUGCACUCAGUGGCAAGAAGAAGAAGUCUUCUCUUAAAAGAAUUACUGCUUUUGAGUUCUCCCCAAGCAACCCAAGUAAAUUAAUGGUUACCUCUGCUGACUCGAAGAUCAAAAUUCUUGAUGGAACCAUUGUGACUCAGAAUUAUAGUGGACUCCGAACUGGCUCUUGCCAGUCAUUGGCAACAUUCACUCCUGAUGGGCAGCAUAUAGUUUCUGCUAGUGAAGACUCCAAUAUUUAUGUAUGGAACCAUGAAAACCAAGAUGAGCCUUCACUGAAACAUGCAAAAACCAUAUGGUCCUCAGAGCGUUUCCACUCCAACAAUGCAGCCAUCGCAAUACCAUGGAAUGGCCAAAAACCCAGAAACCCAUUCCCUUUGGCCUCUCAAAUUUUGUCACCACAAGGAGAUAACUUCUGGUGCAUGAGUAAGGCUGUUAAGUGCAGUUCAAGUCGCAGUGAAGAUUCUGCUAUUAAUAGUUUUGUGUCAAGAUUUGCUCCUGGUAUUUUCAAUUUGAAUCAGGAGUUCUCUGAGUCCACUUGCAGAAGUUCAGCAACCUGGCCAGAGGAAAUUCUGCCUUCUCACUCAAUUCGUGCAAUUUUGGAUGAGUCACAGUACAAGUUCCUAAGGAACUGUUUCCAGACCACACCAAACUCCUGGGGUCAAGUGAUAGUUACUGCAGGAUGGGACGGCAAGAUUAGGUCGUUCCAGAAUUAUGGCUUAUCAGCGCAUCAGUGA